UGUAGAAAUUUAACAUUUUCAUAGUGAGUUCUAUAAAUACUAAAGCUUUUGGUUCUCAUUUUCAUAGCCAAAAUUUUACAUUUCCUGUAUCAUUAUCUUUUGGUUCUCAUAAAAAUGCCUCUUAAUAUUGAUCUAAACACUCCAUAUAUUGAUCAUGAAAUGAUGGAAUGCAACAUAGCACCAUCCAUUAAUCUAAAUGAUCCUUCUUCAAGUAAUUUUAACUUGUCUUUUAAGGACCUACAUGGUAGUUCAUCAAAUGAAGAAUACAUGGAAGAAGCUAAUAUGUUCAAUUGUGAAAAUGAUUUUGAACAUGGUAUUUUUAAUAUUAAUGAGGACAUUGAUGUUGAUGCUUUAGAUUCAAAUGAAGUUCAUGUUAUGGAAGAAGAGAGUGAAUUUAUUCCAAAUGAAGAAGAUGGAGAGGUGACUGAAUUUAAUCAAUAUGAAAGUGAUGGAGAAACUGAAAGUAUUGCAGCUAGAACUUUAUUGUCUUCGAUACCUAAAUCAAAAGAUGGAAACUCAUUAGCUAAAUGAUGUGGGUUUGCCAUUUUUAGAGUAUAAAAAAAAAGGAAGAACAAGACUCAUGGAGUUUUGUACAAGAUGAUACUGCACCAUUUAUAAUAGGAUAUGACUUUUCAAAAGCCAAUGAUAACAAAUGCAACGUUUCAGAAUAAAUGCUCUUUUGGAAGUGUAAAAAGUGGAGUUAUUAUAGGAAUAAACAUGAAUAUUGAAAAACUAAAUUUGAGGGUAAAAUUGGA